UAUGUGGGUUGGGGGAGCAGGAGGAGUGUUCUGAAAAAAUACCGUUGUUGUUGUAACGUUGAAAGUAGGGGUUGAAAGUGGCGCUAUCUGGGUGGAGAGACGUCUGAUAUCCCAUUCAAUCCCAUUUAUUUGAAGAAGUUACUGGUUCUGUAACGCUGUGUUGCCCAUGACAACCUGCUGGCCAGCUGCUGCAGUGCAAAGAACGCCAGACAAAGAAGUGGAUGCUUUAGAAGGGAAGCCAGGUUCUCCUCCAGAUACGCACCAAGAAACUCUUGCUGCACUGCAAUGCAAACCCCUGACCCGGAAGGUGAAUAAACUCACUGACUGUGUUGGAACUAACGUGCACGCAGCACUUGGGCCCAACCCCUGACCCGGAAGGUGAAUAAACUCACUGACUGUGUUGGAACUAACGUGCACGCAGCACUUGGGCCCAACCCCUGACCCGGAAGGUGAAUAAACUCUCUGAUUGUGUUGGAACUAACGUGCACGCAGCACUUGGGCCAAACCCCUGACCCGGAAGGUUUGCUGGAAUGGGUAAUCUUCUAAAAGUCCUUACAAGGGAAAUAGAGAACUAUCCACAUUUUUUCCUGGACUUUGAAAACGCACAGCCUACAGACUGUGAGAGGGAGGUAUGGAACCAGGUGAACACUGUGCUCCAGGACUCCGAAAGCGUUCUCGCUGACCUACAGGCCUACAAAGGAGCAGGAAAGGAGAUACGGGAUGCCAUUCAGAAUCCCAGUGACAUGCAGUUACAGGAGCAAGCCUGGAACUCUGUGUGCCCCUUAGUUAUACGACUGAAGAAGUUCUACAACUUCUCCUUGAGACUAGAGAGGGCCCUUCAGAGCCUGCUGGAGUCCUUGACGUGUCCCCCCUACACCCCCACCCAGCACCUGGAGAAGGAGCAGGCCCUGGCCAAGCAGUUCGCUGAGAUCCUCCAUUUUACCCUGCGCUUCGACGAGCUCAAGAUGAGGAUUCCUGCCAUCCAGAAUGACUUUAGCUAUUACAGGAGGACGAUCAGUCGAAACAGAAUAAACAACCUGAAUUUGGAUAUAGAGAACGAGGUAAACAACGAGAUGGCCAAUCGAAUGUCCCUGUUCUACGCCGAGGCCACACCCAUGCUGAAAACCCUGAGUACGGCUACAACAAAUUUUGUAACCGAGAAUAAGACAUUACCUCUGGAGAACACCACUGACGUUCUGAGCACCAUGGCCAGCGUGUGUAAAGUCAUGUUGGAGACACCAGACUACACAAGCAGGUUCAACAGUGAGGACACGUUACUGUUCUGUAUGAGAGUGAUGGUCGGAGUCAUCAUCCUCUACGACCACGUCCAUCCAAACGGGGCCUUCAACAAGUCUUCCAAGAUCGAUAUGAAGGGUUGCAUAAAGGUUCUGAAAGAACAACCAGCAGAUAAUGUUGAAGGUCUCCUGAAUGCCCUCAAGUUCACUACGAAACACCUGAAUGACGAGUCCACUCCAAAGAACAUCCGAACGAUGCUUCAAUAAAGUUUUAAUAUAAAGAGGAUCCAUGUACUGACCUCAGAAAAAGAUGUAUAUGUUUACAUAAUUUAAAAAGGCUUGAUGUUAAUACUUGUGUAUUUACCUAGUCAUUCCCUCCAAGUUACUGAAUCGCAUAGAACAUGUACCUUUUAUUUCCAGAAAUGGCCUUUUCUGUUAUUUUGUUGAAAUGCAAAUUGUAGAUAUCCAUUUUGCCCUUACAAACUGACCUUUGCAAGCAGCUCUCAGUAAAUCAAGCCACUCUGUGAGCGUUGAAAGGAGCUUCAUUAAUGGUGCUUUCAACAUCAACGGAAGCUGAAUUCCAAAUAGGCCCCUUAACUGGUCGCUGAUCGGUUUGCACUGUUUCCCUGACGCCCAUGGUGGUUCAUUGUUGCCAAGAUGGUGCAGGCAGAUUUCAUCCAGGCUAAUCCCUAGCAAUACCUGCAGAUCUGAUUGGAUGGAUAAAACAUUCCACCUCACCUAUCAGAAGGCGUGUUCAAACUGUUGGGUUUCCCGAAGUGCCUAGGUGGAUCAAAACUAAAGGUUGGUUGGAAAAUUGGCAAAGCAUUAAGGGAAAAAGCGACAAUGGCUUUAUAUAGUGUUCUCAGUAAGUUGGUGGACAUUGUGCUUUGUUGGCAAGUAAAUGACAGAACAGGCAGUGUAAGCCAUUCAGAAAUAAACAAAUCAACCAAAUGUAUUUUUUUUUUACCUGGAUGGCAGGAAGGGCACCCAGAAUGUCGUUUGUUUUUGUUUGUGAUGAUUGAAGUGUAUAUCUCUUGUUCGUGUGUGUCUUUGUAUCUAAAAGAAAACCAUUGCUCUAAUGAGCAGCUUUAAAUAUAAAAUGAGGUUAUUUUUAAGUGUCACAGUGAAGAAACCCGUUAAUACCUCCACUGUUCUACAGGCAAUAGGAUGGCGGGGCUGAUGAGUGAUAAUUCAUACUGUCACACUCAUUCCCUCCCCCACUGCAUUGGUGUAAAUAUUUGGUCGACGACGGGACAUUUACCUCCCUGUCCGUUCUAUUAAGUGGUGUCAACAAGUGCACGCUUCUAGGUUUCCGUAUUGGAUUACAGUCACAGUCACUCUGGUGGGGUGUAAAAGAAAUCCCCCAAAAAGUGCACAAUUCGAUUGAAGUAAACACAAAGUUCCGUCUUGUAGAAUAAAGCAUUGUCACACAUUUGUCCGUGACUACCAAAUGUGCAAGGAUGUUAGUGAUAUUGUUGGGAGAGACUCAUUACAUUUGGAGUCCGUACCCCAGCGGUAAGCCGGGCCGUCCUUGUUUGGUUUAUGAUUAAAUACAUCCAUUUCUGACUGAUAUCGAAACAGUGUAACUUCUGUUGCAUUUUGAACUGUUUGAUCUUCUGUGUGCACAAUUGCUUCAUUCUGGUGCAGAUUGACCAAAGGGGCAUUAUGGGUUCUCAAAGCUCAUUCAACUUGAAUGCAAUGGUGUAGUUCUUUGACUUGGUUCAGUGGUAAAUCCAAUGAAUAUAAUUAACAGGAGAACAAUAUUGGCAAGUCAGCUACAACACAGCAUUGUGAGUGGCUUUCUGAUAUAAGAAUGUGGUUCUAUGAAGUGGAGGAAGAUCUGUUUGGUGUAUGUCAGACAAUCACUUGUUAUUGAUUGACUGCAUUAACGUUGUGUGCUGUUUUUUUUAAUCCGAUUUCUGAAGACUCACAUGGAAUCUAAGCAAAGUUAGGUCUCCUGUGUAACAGUGUUAUUUUGACCAUCAACCGAGCUAUUAACCUGGUCCCAGAUCCGUUUUUGCUCCUCGCUGUCAUUGACGAGUCAAUCAUUUGUCAUGGCAAUAAGUGACUUGAAGUUGGUAUGAUAACUUAACAGACUGGUAUUCAGUCUACCAGGAAAUAGCUAAACCAUUUUCAAAUACCCUGUUAACUGUCCUCACAUUUCCCUCAUCAGAGAACAACCAUUAGAAUGGGCUUUUUCAUUACACCACUUUGCAGCUUGUCACUUGUCACAAAAUUUGUAAUAUAGACACCAACUUCAGAGAAUUAGUAAUUACAUUAAAUUAUUCAGUAAAUUAUUGAUCUACUGUGCUGAUGUGAAAUGAGACAAAGGGCUAAGAAGUUUCAAAUUCACACAAAGUUCAAAAAUCUAGUAUGAAUUUCAUCAAAGCUUCAAUAACAUCCCUAUGACUUUAAUGUAUGUGUACUCAUCAUUGUAACCUAUGAUACUACUAACAGACGUUUAAGGAAAAAAGUCAAAUAUCCACCAUGGAUAAAAAAAAAAGAAAUGUUCUAUCUUUACUGUUUCUUUCACAAUACAAUGUGACAAGUGUGAGCCAUAGUUUUCGUUUGUGUUGGAUGCAAUGUGUAUAUGCAAUGAAUGAAUACUGUACAUGGAUGAAACUCAAAUGUCAAGCUAGAAAUGUAUGCAGUAUGAUAUUGAGACUAUACUGGGUUUAAUUCUCAAAAAAUAUUUCAAACUUCUGUCAGUAUUGAACUACACAAUGCCUUCUGCCCAUGAUAUGCUUGGAUGCCAGCUAUGUUGGAUAUUAUUGAGAUAUUUGAAUAUAUAUUGGGUUUGUUUUAACUGACAACACUGUUGUUUAAUGGCUUGGACCUUUGGUUCAGUGUUUAAAAUGGCUUUUGCUUUAUAUAGCAUAUUGAAUGGACGUGUGAACUGAAAAUAAAAACGGGUACAUUUCCUG